CAGCAGGCAGUGGGGAUAGCAGUGGGGAAGAUGAAGAGCCCCUAGUGCAGAGGAAGAGCAAAGACAGCACCCAGUGGAAGGGUGGGAAAAGGCAGAGUGGAAGCAGUGAGGAGGAUGGGGAAGACAGCUGGAGGAAGAUGACACCAACUUCUGGAAAGACAGCCAACGUGGGCAGUAUCAAUGGUGAAGCAAGUGACUCGGAGAAGGAGGUGAGUGACAGCGAGGCAGAGGGGACCCCCAAGAAGGAGAGGAAGAACCGCUCUUCCAAGAAGAGCUCCAAGAAAGGCAGGACACGAAGCUCCUCCUCCUCUUCCACAGAUGGCAGUCCAGAACAUAAAGGCAGGAAGGCUGGCUCUGGUCGCCCUGGUGAGGACCACCCGUCUGUGAUGAGGCUAAAGCGCUACAUUCGGGCCUGUGGGGCUCAUCGAAACUACAAGAAGCUGCUGGGCUCCUGCCGUUCACACAAGGAACGCCUGAGUGUUCUCCGGGCAGAGCUGGAAGCUCUGGGCAUGAAGGGUAACCCUUCCUUAGAGAAGUGUCGGGUCCUGAAGGAGCAGCGGGAAGAGGCAGCUGAGGUAGCCUCCUUGGACAUUACCAACAUCAUCAGUGGUUCAGGCCGGCCACGCAGACGCACAGCCUGGAACCCUGCAGGAGAAGCAGCCCCACCGGGGGAGCUAUACCGCAGGACCCUGGACUCAGAGGAAGAGCGGCCCCGCCCCCCACCCCCAGACUGGUCACAUAUGCGUGGCAUCAUCAGCAGUGAUGGCGAGAGCAACUGAGCUCCCCCUGUCCCCAGGAGGGACUUCCCACUUGUAGAAAGCAUAUAUAGCAUACCCACCCCCAACUCUGCCUGCAGAGCAGAAGCAGCUUUCUUCGGAGAAGACUCGCAGCUCCCAGGGACACAAGUUAUUGGGAUUCUGCUUCUCAGCUUCACAUUCCCAGUUUAAAGUGUUUACAGGGAUUUAUUUUUAAAGACUCAAAUAAAGGAGUGUUUGAAUCACCUCAUCAAAACUGGUCCCCCACUCUCACCCCCUGUACUUUGGUCCAGGAAGCUGAGGAGUAGCCACUGUCCCCCUCAUCUGGUUCCUUUUUUUUUUUUUGUUCCCUUUAAUUUCCCCCAGAUGAAAGUCCCAGCCUCCUGACCCUGCCAUCCAGUCUGCCACCAGGCUUGAUUCAAAGAGUGUGGCCCCUUUCUCCAGCCUGACCAGUGGAUCCCUAUGACCACCCUGCUUUUAUUUAUUUACUUAGGCCACGCUGUGUGGCAUGUGGGAUCUUAGUUCCCCAACCAGGGAUCAAACCCAUGCCCCCUGCAGUGGAAGCAGGGAGUCUUGAUCACAGGACCGCCAGGGAAGUCCCUGACCACCCUGCUUUUUUUAGUUGUGUGAUAACCUAAAGCUUAGUUGGGAGAAAGAUCUGAAUAACUGGCCUUAAGAAUGUGAAGCACAAAAUGAAAAGUCUUGGGAACAGCUGUUGUUUAUGUCUUUCUUCCCUUUUCUGGAAACAGCCAGUUAAUCCACGGGCCGACUCUUUCAGCCUUAAAGCGGUGGGUACAGGGUCUAAACCUGACCAAUCAGAGCACCCCAGGCCUCUGGCUACAGAUCAAACCAAUGAAGUC